AUUAAGCGCGCUGUGUUAUCAUUCGAUGAAGUUUAAGUGUGGUCGACAAAAUUGAAAAAAAUUUAUAUAUAAAGUGGAAAAUUUCCGAUUUCCUUUUAAAAAUUUUUCAUUCACUUUGUUUGAUCAAUUAUAUAUUUAAAUAUCUGACAAUUCAUUAAAAAUGUCUAAAGGUAAAGUUUGUUUAGCUUACUCUGGUGGUUUAGAUACCUCAGUUAUCUUAGCUUGGUUAUUAGAAGAAGGUUAUGAAGUUAUUGCUUUCUUAGCUAACAUUGGACAAGAAGAAGAUUUCGAAGCUGCUGAAAAGAAAGCUUUAGCAAUUGGUGCUACCAAAUUCGUUGUUGUCGAUGUCAGAAAGGAAUUUGUUGAAAAAGUUUGUUUCCCAGCCAUUCAAGCUAAUGCUAUUUAUGAAAAUGUUUAUCUUUUAGGUACUUCUUUAGCUAGACCAGUCAUUGCUGAAGCUCAAAUUAAGGUUGCUGAAGAAAAUGGAUGUUUCGCUGUCUCUCACGGUUGUACUGGUAAAGGUAACGAUCAAGUCAGAUUCGAAUUAUCUUUCUACGCUUUAAAGCCAGAUGUUACAGUCAUUGCCCCAUGGAGAGACCCUGUAUUUUUCAACAGAUUUGCUGGUAGAAAUGAUUUAUUAAACUAUGCUGCUGAAAAAGGUAUCCCAGUUGCUCAAACCAAAGCUAAGCCAUGGUCUACUGAUGAAAACUUGGCUCAUAUUUCUUUUGAAGCUGGUAUCUUAGAAAAUCCAGACACUACCCCACCAAAGGAUAUGUGGAAAUUAACUGUUGAUCCAACUGAUGCUCCAGAAGUUCCAGAAGAUUUCUCUGUUGUUUUUGAAAAGGGUUUACCAGUCAAGUUGAUCUUAGAUGGUGGUAAGAAGGUUGUUACUGAACCAGUUGAAUUAUUCCUUGAAGCCAAUGCCUUAGCUAGAAGAAAUGGUGUUGGUAGAAUUGAUAUUGUUGAAAACAGAUUCAUUGGUAUCAAAUCCAGAGGUUGUUACGAAACUCCAGGUUUAACUGUUUUAAGAUCUACUCAUGUUGAUUUAGAAGGUUUAACUUUAGAUCGUGAAGUUAGAGCUCUUAGAGAUCAAUUUGUUACUGUUGCUUACUCCAAGAUUUUAUAUAACGGUAUGUACUUCACUCCAGAAGGUGAAUACGUUAGAUCUAUGAUCCAACCAUCUCAAAACACUGUUAAUGGUGUUGUCAGAGCCAGAGCUUACAAGGGUUCUUUAACCAUCUUAGGUAGAUCUUCUGAUACUGAAAAAUUAUAUGAUGAAACUGAAUCUUCUAUGGAUGAAUUAACUGGUUUCUCUCCAGAAGAUACCACCGGAUUCAUUGCUAUUCAAUCUAUCAGAAUUAAGAAAUACGGUGAAGCUGCUAGAGAAAAGGGUAUCAACUUAACCUUAUAAAUCUAGACAAACUUUACGAAAUACGGGAUAUUAAAUAUUAAAGGUUUUAGAUAAUAAUUAAUUGUAUAAUAAAUAAAUAAAUAAAUAAAUGAAUAAAAAUUAUUCAGUAGUUUCA